AUGCCGACCAAGUCCAAGACCAAGCAACGAGCCUCCGGCGCGGCAGCGGCUUCACCCCGCGGUCGGCCAUCAGCAGUGGCCGCAGCUUCGGCAAAGCGGCAAAGGAAAAGUGAUGUACAACCAGGCGACCCAAUCCCGCAAACCAAGAAGCGCCGCUACCGCCCCGGCACCCUCGCCCUAAAGGAAAUCCGCCGCUACCAAGCCAACACCGACCUCCUCAUGUCCAAGCUCCCCUUCGCCCGUUUGGUCCGUGAAAUCGCCCUCCAGUACCAGCCAGAGCGCGAAGAACUACGAUGGCAAUCGCAAGCGAUUCUCGCGUUACAGGAGUCGGCCGAGGCAUUCCUGGUGCAUCUGUUUGAGGAUACCAACCUGUGUGCGAUCCACGCCAAGCGGGUGACGAUUAUGCAGAAGGACAUCCAGCUUGCCCGGAGGAUACGCGGGCUCUGGGGCGCUGCGGCGUGGGUGUAG